UUCUUUUUUCCUUUUUACUUUUUACUAUAUAAUAUAUAAAAUGGUUAUAGAUAAUAAUACUAAUAAUAUUCAUCGAUCAUCUUUACCAUCCAUAUUUAAACAAUGGUUAUUGCUCAUGUCAUCAUCAUCAUCAUCAUCACCACGUUCAGCCACGAAUGAUCAUCAUCAUCAUCCACACAGUAAUAGUUUAUUUGAAGCCACUUAUUUCUCAUUUCCCGAUUAUGAAGCAUUACAACAACCAGAAUUGGAGAAACCCACUUCAAAACAAUGUAGUAAUCAAGAACAACCUCCUCCAACACAUCAUUCCUCCAUUCUUUAUUAAUCAUCAUCAUCAUUAUUAUUCCCCUUUUCAUACCUCUUAUACAUUCUUUUUUUCUACCUUUGUAUAUGCACUUUUUUUUUAUAUUAUAAUGUAUCUAUCUAUAUUCAUAUCAUUACUUUUAUGGUUCAAAUAAAAGAACUUCCCAUCUUCUCGGUUUUGCCGGAUUUGGAGCUCCGCUGUCAGGCAUUUUAUCUCCCAACUUUGUUUACACUUGAUUCGUUUAGACAUGUAUCAUUCACUAAAACUGGAUAAUCCGCACCACACUAAAAUCUUUCUCCCCCCCCCUUUUUUUUUUAUCAUCAACACACACUCUCUCUCCCCUCGAUUUCCACGCAUAAAACGUAAG